UAUUUUCCGCCAAACCUCCUUGCUCUCCGACGAUUUCAUUCAGAAGUGCCCGCGCGCCAAAGCCGCAGAGCUCCAUGGAUCCACCUGUCACCAGAAGCUGCGUGAGGAAUCCUCACGCUCCCUCCAUUCUCUGGGAAUGCCUGAGCCGCCCUCUCGGCCAGAACCGAGGAUCCACCGAGCAACUUCCAGCCCCUAUUCUGCCCCCGAAACCAGGCUUGGGUUACGUGGAUUUCUCGAUCCCCUGCCAGGCUGCGGCUCCUCAGAGCCUUCCUUGCGUUGAACGCGCUUUCGAGGAACCUGACAACUCCUUCCAGCCGCCCGGCGCCUGGCACGUGGCGGCUUCUGAGAGGAAGAUGCUGCCGCCGGCGGAGUUGGCUUCGGGCUCAGGGGGGCUAGAAGCGGGCCGCCCCAGACCCAGAAAAAAUAACCUUCUCGGAGGGAAUGUGGCAAGCGACGCUAAGAAUAAAGCAGCCCAACGGAGAGUGGAAAACGCAGAGAGCCAAGGUGCAGUCCGUGGCAAUCCUACAACUGCCUCAAAGAAAGAAACCAGCAGCUCCAAAAUACGGAAGGAGCGCACUGCAUUUACUAAGGACCAGUUGCGUGAGCUUGAGAUGGAGUUUAUUCACCACAAUUAUCUGACAAGGCUCCGGAGAUAUGAGAUUUCUGUGAAUCUUGAUUUGACAGAAAGACAGGUUAAGGUAUGGUUUCAGAACCGCAGGAUGAAAUGGAAACGUGUGAAAGGACAGCCAGUGUCACCCCAGAACAACAUGCAAAAUAUGGACCCUGCUCUCGUCUUGAGUCCAGAAUAGCCUGUUCUCUAAUAAACUGAUCUCUACCAACCUUUGAUUUUAAAGGAUGGCCUUGAAGAUCUGGUAACAAGACAACAAUCGGCUAAAUGUGGCUUGAGUCCAGACCGAGAAAGUGCUUUAUGGAAAUGCUUCAAACAAUCCCAUCCCCUAUUCAUAUGAAGAUAAAAG